AUGCUCACCUGGAACCUAGCUGAAUAUCUCGUUCGUGAUGUUUCCAGGCAACUGAAUGUGCUGUACCAGACCGCCUCAUGUUUCAACUGCCACAAAUACACUCAUUUGCAAAUCAAUUUGGUUUUCACAAGAGACCCAACUGAAUCUCUCGUUUAUGAUAUCUUACAACUGAAAGUGCUGCACACAGGCCGCCUCAUGUUUCAGUUGGCACGAUAUUUGAGAUAUCGCAGUAUAUUUUCAUAA